GGGCUCUUGGGGGGGGGUCCUUAGGAGUGGGGCUGGGGCUGAGGGGGAGCAGGGUCCCUUCCUCUGCCUCUGAGGGGGCCUCCAAGGCGGGUCGGGGCCCGGCGGCCAAUGCGCCACUGGCUGGUGCUGCUCUGCCCCUGCGCCCUCGGGGUGGCCCUGCACCUCUGGCUGCUCCUCCUCAGCUGCCCUGGCAAGAGACCCCCGGCAGGUCUAUUGGCUUUCUUUCCUCACUGGAAACCGAAACAUUAUGAUGUUAUUGUUGGGGUGCUGUCAGCACGACAUAAUGAUGGGCUGCGGAACGCUAUAAGGAACACUUGGGUCAGACAUUUGAAGCAACACCCCGGACUUAGUCAACGUGUCCUUGUGAAGUUUAUAAUCGGUGCACAUGGAUGUGAUGUACCCGUGGAAGACAGAGAAGAUCCUUAUUCUUGCAGACUUCUGAACAUCACUAACCCAGUUCUGAAUCAAGAAAUUGAAGCAUUCACUUUGCCAGAGGAUGAUACUUCAGUGCUGUCAGAAGACAGAGUUGUCAGUGUGCAUUUCAAAGUCCUUUACCCAAUUGUCAUCACAAGUCUUGGGGUGUUCUAUGAUGCUAAGGGUGUAGGAUUCCAGAGAAACAUCACAGUGAAACUAUACCAGGCAGAACAGGAGGAGGCACUUUUUAGUGCUCGUUUUAGUCAACCUAGUUGUGGAGUGCAAGUGAACAGACUUUGGUACAAACCUGUGGAACAAUUCAUUCUACCUGAGAGUUUUGAAGGCACGAUUGUAUGGGAAAGCCAGGAUCUACAAGGCCUUGUUUCUAGAAAUCUUCAUAAAGUGAUGGUGAAUGAUGGUGGAGGUGUCUUCAGAAUCACUACGGCAGGGGAAGGGUCCUUGCCUCAUGAAUUUACACAAGGUGUGGAAGGGAUCGCAGGAGGCUUUAUUUACACAAUUCAAGAAGGGGAGGUACUUUUACAAAGCCUCCAGAGUCGUGCAGAGAGACUCAUACAUCAUAUAAAGAAACUUGAAGAGGAAGAUGCCUUAUUGAAAGAAGAAAGCAACACUUAUGAUGAUAUUGUUUUUGUUGAUGUUGUUGAUACCUACAGAAAUGUUCCAGCCAAAUUACUGAAUUUUUAUCGAUGGACAGUUGAAGCAGUAAGUUUUGAUGUGUUGCUGAAGACAGAUGAUGACUGCUAUAUUGAUCUGGAGGCAGUGUUCAAAAGAAUAAAGCUUAAAAAUCUGGGCAGACCAAAUACUUGGUGGGGAAAACUAAAUUGGGCAGUUGACCGGACUGGGAAAUGGCAAGAGCUGGAGUAUCCAAGCCCUGCCUAUCCAGCCUUUGCUUGUGGGUCUGGUUAUGUUAUUUCCAAAGACAUUGUAGAAUGGCUUGCAAGCAACUCAGAUCGACUAAAGAUAUAUCAGGGUGAAGAUGUGAGUAUGGGUAUUUGGAUGGCAGCCAUUGGGCCAAAACGAUAUCAGGACAAUCUCUGGUUGUGUGAGAAGACAUGCGAGAGUGGUAUGCUAUCAUCUCCUCAGUAUUCACCAGAAGAACUUACUGAACUCUGGAUAAUAAAGGAACGUUGUGGAGAUCCCUGCAAAUGUGAAGAAAGAUGAAGGCUUGUCAAUCCUCCCUCACAAAACCUGAACAUUAUGGGUAACUGGAGUUUUCAAUUACACAGUAGAAAAGAAGGGUAUGCCUCAAAAACAGCUUUUUACAAAAGAAAUUCCGUACUUUCCCCCUUGCAGGUUGUCACUUGCGACAAAUGUAUCAGCGCCUCCCUGGUAAUUGUUUAUACUUCUAACCAUCUCUUACAUUCAUUUAUUAUGGGUGGCAAACUACACAUGAGACUGCAACUUUCUUCACAGAAGAGCUUUAUGUGGGUAAUUUGUCUUCUGUGAAGUGGUCGCUUACAGCAGUGUUUGCACAAUCAACCCCCCCCCCCCUUUUUUUUUUUGGUCAAGGCAUACUUUCCAUUUUGAAUAUAUUCUGCAGUAGAUUGACAAAGCCAAAUAUGAAUGUAAAGCAAUUUUUUGUACACAAAAAUGUAUAAGAGGUCAAAAUUUAAGGAUCAGGUGCAGGUAUGCUACUGUAAAACUAACUGUAAUUAGGCCUUGCGAGCAAAUUCAUUAACUGAAGCAGAUUUCCCAUAUGUGGUGGCUGCUUAGUCUUGUGAAACCUAGUUAUAUUAUUAUCAGAAGCAGGAGUUUAAUUUAAGUAGUGUUCCAAAUGCUGUAAGGAGAAUAGGAUAUUACACUAGUUUCCACCAAGGACUAUGAUGCAAGUCACACUCUCUCAGACUCAGAAGAAAGCAAUGGCAACCCUCUCUGAACAAUCUUGCCAAGAAAACCCAGUGACAGGUAAGCCUUAGGGUCACCAUAGUUGGAAACAACUUGAAGGCACACAACAAUAAUUUCUGGCAAGAGCAUAUAACUGACUGAAAACAGAGAUGUUAAGUGCAACAGAUGGAGGGUGAAGGAUGGCAUGUCCUUUCUCUGUGGAGUAGAAGGCACGCAGAACACUAUAACCAUUUUUAUCUUACUGAAUCAAUUUUAUGCCUGCUAGUAAGGUGCCACUGGGAUGGGUGGCAAUGAGAAUACCUCAGCUUUUAAUUAUGUAGGUUGUGUUGUGAUUAUCUGUAUAAUGAGAAAUAGAACAGUUUGUUGGGAGUUUCCCUGACUUCAAGUUACCAGUGUAGCACAAACCAUGGAUUAAAUUUACUUUCAUUUAACUUGGUUAAAGCUUUCCAUUCUCAAAAAAUGAGGCAUGGCACUGUUUCUAAAGAGAACAUUUAAUAAUGCAAAGUGCAGAAUCUAGUGGUUUGUCAAGCAAAUAACUCUCCCUCUUUUUGAUAUCAAAGUUCUUCCAAAUAAUAUUUUAAACUUAAUUGUAGAGGUCCUGCUAGCAGCAUACAACUACUCUCCAAAAGAAUUAUUAAAAGCAGCUGUUACCAUCGUACCAGAAUGCAAUCUUCAUUUUCAAUAGAGUAAAACUGCAAAGACUUUAGGUCAUUGUCCAGUUCAAAUUCUUUGCCUUUCAUCUAGGAUCAGAAAAGAUUCAGACAUUAGAUUCACACAUUUCAGUCUUCUGUACCAUGUUUAGAAAGGAAAUAUAGAUUAGGUUCAAGUCACCACUACUCAAAGGAAACUGAACAGUGCCCCCAAAUUAUGGUGCAAUUGUUUUCCUUUAAAGAAAUCAGUGCAUUCAAUAGUGUUUGAGUACAGCACUGACUUUAAGAGUGUGAUGUUUUAUUACUCUGGAUUAAGUAUGAAUUCAAAUCAUUGCAUUAAUGAGCUUGAUCUUACUUUAGAACUUUCAUAGGAUAGUUUCAGUUCUGAACCCGGGAUUUUAAGUAGCCGAUAUAGCAAUCCUUUGACCUUCUGAAUUGUCAUAGAAUCUGUACAGGAAAAAGAAAAUAGUUCCACUCCCAAUAAUUAGCAUCUUAUGCAUUUUUAUCACCAUUUACGUUCAUAAAAACACUGAUAAUUGAAAUUUGUCAUUAAGAUAGUAAUAUAUUAAAUAACAACCUAUAAACCAAAUUGGAGAUUUACAUUUUAUGGAUAUAUAACACACUGACUGACCUAAGUGACCUUCAAGACAUAAUUUAAUGCAUUUGCUCUUUUGUAUUUUCACAUUAGGAGUUAAACCCAUCCCUCUGCAGAAAAUGAGUGUCAUUCUAGGACUUCAUAUCACAGGGUCCCAAACUUGCAUAUGCUAAAUAGCUCCAGAUUACCACUAGCUUUAUGCACUUGUAUUAGGAACCAAUACAUAUGAAUAUGAAGGUGUAUUUUUGUAGAUUUGAAAGAGAACAUUAGUUUUAAAAAACUAUUCUAAAUUUGAACAAUACAAUUAUCUGGGUACUUUCCCCUCUUGUUUCAUUUAAAGCUUUAUCUGAAGGCACAGCAAUAGUGAGUUACUCCUCUAUUGUCACAAAAUAUACUUAGAAAAAUAUUUUUCUAUUAACUUUUUGAAAAAGCUGUAUCAUUUUUUGCAACUUGUGACAAAUGUGAUUUUUAUUUUAGAAUAAAUACUUUUUAAAAUAUUCA